CUUAUUCAACACACAGUUCAACGACAGAAAGAGAGAGAAAGUAGAGAGAGAAACACAAACAAAACCAAAGCUUCCGAAGCAGAAGAAGAAGAAGAAAGAAAAGAAAUAUCUUCAAACACCAAAAUCAAAAUAACAAAAACACAAAAACAAUCAAAACCCUAAGAGAUAGAGCUUCGAUUUCUAUUUCUCAUACAAUUUUUUUUUUUUCGCAUUUCCAUUGUGAGAUCUCGAUUCGUCGUUCCACAACCGGGACUGGUUGAGCUUAGGCCAUGGCAAAUUCCAAGGGGUCAUCAAACAUCAGAAAUUUGAUCUACUCAGGAAAACACGCUUUGCUUCCUCCUAAAAGUCCAUUUCCUAUUGUUUCCCCCUCGUAUGUUGAUUAUGUCCCAGGUCCUGCUAUUGGACCAAAAGCUGCUCAAAAGACUAGAGAGGGAAAUGCACACCACCAACGAACUUCCUCUGAGAGCCAGCUCAUAGAGGAGCAACCUUCUUGGCUUGAUGAUCUUCUUAAUGAACCAGAGACACCUGUACGCAGAGGAGGUCAUAGGCGUUCAUCAAGUGAUUCCUUUGCUUACAUAGAUGUAGCAAAUGCUUCUAACUUUGAUCAUGCAGCUCAGGAUGAUUUCAAAUAUAAAAAUAUGGUUUCUGUACCUUCUUGGGGAUCUCAGGAUUUUGAUCUUCACAAAGAUGUGCAGCAUGCUUCAUUCUAUGCAGAUGUCCACUUGGCAAAGCAGAAGAAUAGGGCAUGGGAUCCAUCUUUGAAUGCUGUGGUUAGCCCAAGCAGCUGUUCUGUCAAGGAUAACACUGUUCAUCAGAGUUCAGGAUCAUCAUGCUCACCACAUGAAGCUGAUGUGGUUUCAUGUACUGCAAGCGAAAAGCAGGAUCAAGUUGAAUCAUGUCCACAAGAUCCAAAAGCUACUUCUGAAAGAAGGGAUUCAAAUGCUAAGCCUUCUGCUUCUGAGACAGAUACAAAACGCGCUAAACAGCAAUUUGCUCAACGUUCACGGGUUCGGAAGCUUCAAUACAUAGCUGAGCUUGAAAGGAAUGUACAAGCUUUACAGGCAAAAGGGUCUGAAGUUUCAGCUGAACUUGAAUUUCUCAACCAGCAGCAUCUUAUUUUGAGCAUGGAGAACAAAGCCCUUAAGCAGCGAUUAGAAAAUUUAGCCCAGGAGCAGCUUAUCAAAUACUUGGAGCAAGAAGUAUUGGAAAGGGAGAUUGGGAGGCUACGAACCUUGUAUCAGCAGCAGCAAAAGCCACAACAGCAGCCAUCUUCUAGCCAUCGACGCUCUAAAAGCAGGGACUACCUAGAUUCCCAAUUUGCAAAUCUCUCUUUGAAACACAAGGAUGCUAAUUCAGGCCGUGAUCCUGUGACUGGUCCACUCCGCAUUUAGAUUUGUGAUCGGUCCAGAACUGUCUAUUUCUCCCCUUCUCUUCCUCAAUUGGCAUUGCCAUGUCUAUGACCAAAAUUGUUGUUUCCCUUGUGCGCGAUAAAGCAGAGCUCCUCCAAUCUUGGUGACGUUUCUCUGGCAGCUUUGUGCGUUUUGAUUUUUCACCAUUUUAUUCUCUUUCCCGUUUGCUAAGCUAAUAUCUUUAUGUGCACCUGGUAGUCAUCGCCAGAAAGUUAUUCAAUUUCUAGCGGGUCACUUACCGGAGGUGGUAACUCAAAACAGAUCCGAUGAUUCGGUCUGUCCUGUCCUGUAUGUUUCAGAGAUUAUUAUAAUCAUGAAAGUUGUAUGCUUCAUUUUGUUGCCCAUUAAAGUUUCCACUGUUGAGGAAUUCUACCUAGUUCAAAGAUGUUUAGGGCUGCUUGAAUGUGCAUUACUUUCAAUGCAUUGUGAUAAGAAAAUGUGUACUUGUAACAUGCUUUUAAUGAAAUCCAUGUUUAUUCUUUGGGGUUU